AUGCGAAGGCAUCCAUGGGAGCACCAUGACUUGGCGCAGAAAAUCGUGCAACAUGGCCCAAUUCGGCCCUCAUCCUCGCAAAGCGAUCAUCGACAUGGACGCUUUGCUAGACUUUUGCAGAGAUUAAAAGUUUGCGUUCACUGUCGGUGUGAUCGGGUGGAUCACGAAGUUGCUCCAAAUCAAGUGCUUUCCGUCUACGAUCGUCUCGGUGUCAAGCCGCCUGCAGAUAUGCCACUCGGAGGGGCGGCAAAAACGGAUGCGCCCGGCUCGGUGGCUCAUGGAUACGCCUGGGUGCCUCCAGGGCUCACCCGCAAGAAGGUGGAAGAGUAUAUGGCCCAGUUGCCGAAUCACGUCGUUCCGCGCACGAAUUCAGCCGGCGAAAAGUACAGAGAAAAGCAACUCCUCAGCCAGCUUCCUCGUCAGGAUCUGUCGGCGGCCUACUGUCGCCAUUUAAGGACACCAAUUGAGCGAAAGGUCUACGAGGAGUUCAUUAACGCUCGCAAUGAGAUCGCUUUGGACAUCGGUUAUGUGUCGGCGAAUAUCACCAAAUCAAUGGAAUGCAAAAAAUGUCGUGGUCUCCUCGAUCGCAACGAGAUGGCGGUGGUGGCACCAAAACUCGGCGAGAACGUCGGCUGGCAUCCCGCGUGCUUCACUUGCCGCACUUGUGAUCAGCUAUUGGUCGAUUUGACGUAUUGUGUCCGGGAUGGGGACAUCUUCUGCGAGCGUCACUACGCCGAGUUGCACAAGCCGCGCUGUGCCGCUUGUGAUGAGUUGAUCUUUGCGGGUGAAUAUACAAAAGCGAUGAACAAAGACUGGCACAGUGAUCAUUUCUGCUGUUGGCAAUGCGAUCAAACGCUCACCGGGCAGAGGUAUAUUAUGCGAGACGAGCAGCCAUAUUGUAUCAAAUGCUACGAGGACGUUUUCGCGAAUUCUUGUGACGAGUGCGCGAAGCCGAUUGGUAUCGAUUCAAAGGAUCUCUCAUACAAAGAGAAGCAUUGGCACGAGCACUGUUUCCUCUGCAAUAUGUGCAAGGUUUCCCUCGUCGAUAUGCCAUUUGGAUCGAAAAACGAUCGUAUUUUCUGCUCAAAUUGCUAUGAUCAGGCUUUCGCGACACGGUGCGACGGAUGCAAUGAGAUUUUCCGAGCAGGCAUGAAAAAGAUGGAGUACAAGGGGAAACAAUGGCACGACAAAUGUUUCUGCUGCGCUCACUGCAAGAAUCCCAUCGGCACAAAGAGUUUCAUUCCGAAAAAUGAGGAGGUCUACUGUGCCGGCUGUUAUGAGGAGAAAUUCGCCACCCGUUGCACAAAGUGUAAAAAGGUGAUCACGACGGGCGGUGUGACGUACAAAAACGAGCCGUGGCAUCGCGAGUGUUUCUGCUGUUCGAAUUGUCAAGCCUCGCUCGCCGGUCAAAGAUUUACAAGCAAAGACGAGAAGCCGUAUUGCGCGAAUUGCUACGGGGAUUUGUUCGCGAAACGAUGUAACGCUUGUACAAAGCCGAUCACGGGAAUCGGUGGCGCCAAAUUCAUCUCAUUCGAGGAUCGACACUGGCACAAUGAUUGUUUUAUUUGCGCUCAAUGCACGACGAGUCUCGUCGGAAAGGGUUUCAUCACCGAUCAACUCUCAAUUCUCUGUCCAGAGUGUGCAAAGGCGAGGCUGAUGGCGGCAAAUUCA